AUUGGGGGUGGAUGUUCUUCCAUUUUCCUUCUUCCCUGCACGUUAAACGGACUCUAUCUAUCUCCUUGAUCCACCAACUCGCUUCAACAACUCUUCCGCUUUGUUUUUCAUCGCUUGUGUGCAGUUGGUAGUGUAAGGACCUUAUGGCAGGUAUGGAGGACGCCAAAGAUUGCGACCAAAUGGAUGAGACGUCCAGGAUUUCAAUAGAAAAAGAGGAGGAAGUCAUUAAGAAGAAGUAUGGAGGUAUUGUGCCGAAAAAGCCUCCACUCAUUUCUAAGGAUCAUGAACGGGCUUAUUUUGAUUCAGCUGAUUGGGCUCUGGGAAAGCAAGGUGUAGAGAAGCCCAAAGGACCUCUUGAGGCACUUCGGCCUAAACUGCAGCCGACUCAACAGCAAACACGAUAUCGGAAAUCUCCUUGUGCACCAACCGACGGAGAAGAUGGAAGCAAUAGGCCAUCAACAGAGGAUGCAGCAGCUAUGAAUGAAUGAAUGAAUGAGGAAAGUGAUGUUUCCUUUUUGUUUCUCAUGAAAACAAUAGCCUCCUUUGCAAAGAUAUUGUGAUACAAGUAUGCAACUUGCAUUCUUUUUUUUCUUUUUUUCCUUUUUCUUCUUCUUCUGUUUAACUAUUGAACUUUAAUCCAUGUUUGGACUUUAGCUUUUUGUUGGGAUCAAUUGUUCUGCUGCUUCCUUAUGCUCC